AUGCCACCACAACAACAAAUCCCACCUGCUAACUAUUAUCAACCUUUACCACCACAACCGCCCGAAGCGAAAGUAAUCGCCGCGGAACCGCCUCAAAUCCAACCCGCAAAGGAAAUUUCACUACCAAGCGAACCCACAACUACGGAAAAUUUUUCGUUGAUUAAAAUUAUUCAAGUUAACCAAGAAGGAGGAAACCAGGACGAGCCUCGAACAAAGGCGAGAAAAAAAAUUAUAAUUAUCAAAACUAGCGAAAGCAGCAAGAUUAGGAACUUUUUAAGCCAGGAGGGAGUAAAUUACGAAAUUUACCAAGAGCCUAGCAAAACCAGAGCCGAGAAAUUACGAGAAUAUAUUCGAGCCAAAGCCCAAGAAAAUAUUUUUGCGGAUUAUGACGAAGCUUUAAAAGAUAACGAACUAGAAGCCGAAAAAAAAUUAUUAGAAGAAAUGGACGACGAGGACGAAUGA